AUGGCGCCUGUGCAAUGCUUCACCGAGCAGCUGGAGCGUUGUGGAGGCCUUCCGUGCUUUUCAGCUUUCAAUCUCAUCGAUUUUCAGACUUCUGUGAUUUUCUUUGGGGAGAAAACUGACCAGUUUGGCUAUCGUGUCAUCCAGACAAAAUCCAAUGGCAAUUCCUGGUUGGUAGUGAGCGCUCCCCUCGCAGGCAAUCGGACAGGUUCUCUUUUCCAAUGCUCAUACGAUACACAGAGGUGUCAACCAAUUGUCCUCAAAAAUGCCAAGGUUGUUCCUAGAAUAUCUUUAGGUCUUUCAUUGGCUGCUGAUGAAGCGUCUGAAUCCAAAAUAAUGGCCUGUGGUCCCACUUGGGAACGAAGAUGUGGACAACUCGAUUAUCUGAACGGCAUUUGCUAUAUUCUGAAUGGCUUCGAUGCAAAUGUGAAGGAGAUCCAGCCAGCUUUCCAAGAGUGUGUCUUCGGUGUGGACGCUGUGAUUUUAUACGAUGAUUCUGGGAGCAUUGUAGACAGUGACCUUCACAUCAUGAAGAACUUCUUCCUGAACCUGAUGGACUCGGUGGCUGACGCAGAUGUGCAGUUUGCUGCAGUUCAGUACUCUUCCUUAUACUCGGUUGUUUUUGAUUUCGCAACCUAUAACAACACUAGAGAAAAGAUUAAAGAUAUUAUCCACAACUUCAAACGUUUCAAGGGACAAACCUUCACUCCUUCAGCUAUUGUCUAUGUGGUAGACAAAGUCUUCACAACAAAUCGUGGCAUGCGCCCUCACAGCAAGAAGCUGCUCAUUGUCCUGACGGAUGGCAUCUCCAAUGACAGAAGCACCACAUUUGAACAGGCGACAGAAGCUGCCAACAAAAAAGGAAUAACUCGCUAUGCCAUCGGGGUUGGUGAGAAUUUCUUGACAGCUCAAGAUGAGUUACGCAGAAUUGCUUCGUCAAAUGAAAAUGUUUUCUCGGUGAAAAGUUUUGACGCCCUUGAACAGCUUCAGAAACAGCUGAAGGAUAAGAUCUUUAAUAUUGAAGGUUUGAACUCAUGA